AUGGAUAAGAGCAUUUGUGAGAGUGUGGCUUCUUCCAGUGACUUCAUGAUAUAUAAUGUUUUAUCAGGUGGUAGAGAAAAAAGUAAACAGACAUUGAAUGAGAUAAAAGAAUUACAAGAAAAAAAUGAAGAAAUUAUGAAAAAUGAAAUAAAAGAAUAUGAUGUUGUUAAUAAACUAAUAUAUGAACGUAUUGAGAGCCUCCCUAAUAUUAUGAAUCAGUAUGAUAACUCUAUUAAGAGUAUUAUAAAUAUGGAUGAUAUUUUUUUACCUAUAAAUAAUUCCAUUCCGAGAGAUGAAAUAGGUGUCAUAAAAUAUGACACACAUGAUGAAACUGGCAAUAAAUAUAUAAAUAAUAUGAAUAAUAUAAAACAUAACAAUAAUAAUAAUAAUAUAAAUAAUACCAGUGUUGUAGAUAAAAGCUGUGAAAAUAUUUUAACAUGUGAUAUAGAAAAAGAUUAUAUUGAUAAUAUGAAAAUUUACUCAGAUAAUCAUAUGAAGGAUGAUAAUAUAAAGAAUCAUAAAAAUAAUCAUAUAACAGAUAUAAAAAAUACACAAUCAUUGAAUUAUAAUAUAACAGAAGAAGACAAAAUAAAUAUCAAUGAAAAAAAUAAUAAUGUAGUAAAUAAUAUAAGCAUAAGUAAAGAUCAUAAAUCACCUAAUAAUGGAAAUUCAUUUUUUGUGAUAAAAAAAGAUCAUUCUGAUCAUAUGUAUAAAAAAAGUAAUGCAUCUAUUAUAAAUAUAACAUCAUUAAAGUGUAAAAUUGAAAAACAAAAAUUGGCUUUAUCAGAUAUGAAUAAUUAUAUAACAGAAGAAUAUUUAAACAACAGCAUGCAUAAAAUAAGGAAGUUGUCAUCUAGUGAUGGUGCUAUAUUAAAUAAUAAAUCUAAUAAUAAUUUUAAAUUAUUGGACAAAUGUAAUAAUGAUUUGAAAAACAUUAAUAUGGAUUCUAAUAAAAAAGAAAAUAAUUUUAUGAUGGAUACUUCAGUUUGUAAUGAAAUGGAUAUGUCUUUAAAAUGUAAUGACCUGAACAAUUCAGAUAAAAAUAUAGAUAAAAGUAAUAAUAAAAAUGACAAUGAUCAUGUUAAGAAUCAGAUAAGUCACAAUAAAGAAUAUAUAAAAAAUGUGAGUUUUUUUAUGAAAGAUUCUAAGGAUGAUAAAAUGUCCCAUUCGUUAUAUACAUCAAAUGAGGAGACAACUAGUUUGAAUAAUUUAAGAAAGCUACAUUCAUAUUCAUCUAAAGAUAAUUUAUUAAAGGAUAUGGAAUCAUCUAACAGUUUUUUAAAGAAUGAUAAUAAUUCCUCUGUUAUUUGUAGUGAAAAUAUAAGUGAAUUCAAAAAGGGGACAUCUGUCAAAGUGCCUGAUUUGAGUAGUAAGAUAAAUGAUAAUUAUUUUAAAGAAAAUGAUAAUAAAAAUAAAAAUGAUAAUAAAAGUGAUAAUAAAAGUGAUAAUGACAAUAAUAAUAAUAAUAAUAAUGAUGAUAAUUAUAAUAAUGAGGAAUGUCAUCAUUGUGGUGAUAAAAAAAAAGAAACAUGCUCAGUUGAUCAUAAAACAAAACAUGAAGCUAUAUCUGAAAAUAGUAUGAACAGCGAAAAAAGUUACAGUAGCCAAUUUCUUUAUGAAGACAAAUUAUAUUAUAUGCUAAAUAAUAAUAGCAUAGAAAAUUUAAAUUAUACUGUUACAGAAAAAUAUUCAAGUAAUGUAAAAAAUAUAAAAGAAGUGAGUGAUAUAUGUUUCAGAUUUUCUCGAUUAAUUAUUGGUAAAAAUUUUAUAAAAAAUUUUGAAAAGUAUCAAAAAUUUUAUAUAAGUUAUUGCAUACCUAUAACAUAUGAAAUUUUGACAUCGAAUAGUACAGAUUGUAGUAAACAAAGAAGACAAACUAUGAAUGAGAGUUAUUUAAAUAAAAAAUAUGGAAAAAAAAAUUCAUCAAUAAAUUUUUCUUUUAAAAAUGCAAAGAAGAAAGGAAAAAAUGAAAACAAAGGAGAGACUACAGAAGAGUGUAAGAAUGAUUUAGAAUUGGAGGAAACAAAAUUUUGUGAAAAAAAAAAUAAUUCAGAACAUCAAAGUAAUGUGAAUAAUAUGAAUAAUAUAUAUUAUGAUAAUUGUAAUAAUAAUAUAAAAAAGAGCAGAUUUAGAAACUUUACACAAUUUAAUAAAAGAAAGAAUAGUAAUAUGAUUGAAAAAAGUGUUAUUAUAUAUGAUAGUCAUUAUAUUGAAGGUAAAUAUAUAAAUAAAAAUAAUGUCGAAUUUUUACAAGAUAUUUAUCAUAAAGUAGAUAAUAAUAUAUUUGAUAAAAUUGAAAAUAUUUCUUUUUUAUUAUGUGCUACAUUAAAUAAAAAAAAAAAUAAUCAACAGGGUUACAAUUCAUCUAUAUUAUUACAACAAAAAAAUAAUAAUAUAUUGAAAUUAUUAAAUUAUCCAUUUGUCAUACCAAAUAAUUGUGAAAUUUUAGGAAUUGCUGAAAUUCCUUUUAUUCCUAUACCAAAUUUGGAAUUACCUUUAAAGGAGUUAGCUAUUCCAAAUAAUUGUUUUCAAAAUUUAAUAAAAGGUCCUUCCAUAUUAUUUUAUUUGUAUAUAGAUAUAUUGGAGAAGUCCCUACAUCUUCAAAAUGACAAAUAUGAGAAAGAUAAUAUGAAAAGUACAAAUUAUCUAAAAGAUGAAUUAACUAGUACAGAAAAAGAAAAAUUUGCAAACAGUAUGGAGAAAAAUAUUGAGCAGGAAAAUGAAUGUUUUAAUAAAAAAGUAGAUGAAGAUAUUAAUGUCUUAAAUGAGGAUAUACACAAGAGUUCAGAAUUGAUUGAAUCAAAUGUGCAAGUAGAUCAUAUGAAUAAUAUAUGUAUAAAUGAUUUUGAUAAUAUAAACAUAUCUGAUAAUAUAAAUAUAUCUGGUAAUAUAGAUUGUUUUGAUAAUAUAAACAUUUCUGGUAAUAUAAAUUGUUUUGAUAAUAUAAAUAUUUCUGGUAAUAUAAACAUUUCUAACAGUUUAAAUACAUCCAACAAUUUAAACACAUCCAACAAUUUAAACACAUCCAACAAUUUAAACACAUCCAAUAAUUUAAACAUUUCUAAUAACGUAGAUGUUUCCCAAAAUGUAGAUACAUUAAUGUUAUCUGAUAUGUUGAAGGUGUCAACAGAUGAAAUAAAAAUAAAUGACGAAAAAAAAAAUUAUGAACAUGUUCAGGUAAAUAUUAACAAGUCAGGUAAUAAUUUGGAGCACAACUUACCUUCAGAUGAAAAGGAGGAAAUGAGAACAUCGUUAAGGAGUGAAUAUAUUGAGGAUAAGGAAUUUGAGGAAUUGAUUGAAGAAAAGGAGGAAAGAAAAAAUGAUACAACUGUUAAUAGUAUUAAUAAUAUGAAUAGUGAUGAUAAUAUGAAUAGUGAUGAUAAUAUUAAUAGUGAUGAUAAUAUGAAUAAUGUGGAUAAUAUUAAUAGUGAUGGUAAUAUGAAUCAUGUGGAAAAUAUUAAUAGUGAUGAUAAUAUCAAUAGUGUUAAUAAUAUCAAUAGUCCUAAUAAUAUCAAUAGUGUUGAUAAUAUCAGUAGUGUUAAUAAUACCGUUGAUGAAUCGAUGAAUGAAUUAAAAAUAAAUGAAAAUACUUUAGAUAAAAAAAAUGAAGAUGAUGCAGUAAUAUAUAUUUAUAUAGACAAAAUAGUUAAUUUGUCAAAGAAAUAUUUUAAUAAUUUAUCAAUUUGUGUACGUUUUUUUAAGGAUGAGAAAUAUACAUAUAAAACAUUUGAUUUAAAAAAUGAGAUGACAUUUGAUAUUUUAUUAAGUUCAAAAAAGAAGGUGUGUGAUAUGCAAGAGGUUAUUAUAGAGGUGUGGCAUGAAAGAGAAGUAACAAAAAAAACAGAAAAAAAAGAGAAAAAAGAAAAAAAAGAAAAAAAAGAGAAAAAAAAAAAAAAAAAUAUAAUAGAAAAUAAUAUAGUGGAAGAAAAUGUUAAAGACUGUAUUGGUAUAUUAAAAAUAAAUGUAGAAGAAAUUAAUAAAAAUAAGAAUAUUAUGUAUUUAGAAAAAAAUAAUGAAUUGACAUUUCGUUUUUAUGAUGAUAUUAAUUUUAUGUUUCGAUUUUUGUUGAUUAGAGGUUUGAAAGAUAUGUAUGAAAAUAUAUUAUUAUUUUGUAAAAAAUAUAUUGAGAAUUAUGAAAUAGAUUCUCGUAAUUUUUUGUUGAAAGAUAAUAAUGAUAGUGACACAAACGAAAUAAAUAUUAGGAAAGGAAAUACGAAGAAAAAAAUUAAGAAAAUGAAAAAUAUAAAUAAUGUGAAUAAUAUCAAUGGUAAUGAUAAUAUUAAUAGUUUUAAUGAGUAUGAUGUAAGAUCAAAUUCUUUUCUAUCGAUCAGUGAGCAGUAUUUUAUGUAUGACUCUUUGAAUAUAUAUAAUAAUGAAUAUUAUAUAUAUGAAAUACAAAGGGAGGUAUUAAAAAAGGGAAUACGUAGUAAUGUGAUAAUAAAUGGUGUAUUAAAAAAAGGGAGACAAAAUUUACAGAUAAAUAAUGUAAAUAAGGAUAUAAUAUCCAAAAAAAAAAAUUCUACAAAGAAUGUAGAUAGUGAUAAUAUUUCUGAGUUGUGUAAUUAUAUUAUGAAUGAUAGUUAUGAUGAGUUAGUACAUAAGAAAAAUAUGGAUACUUUUAAAAUGAAUAUAAAUAAUAAGGAAAAAAAUAACAAUAAAAAUGACAACAACAAUAAUAAUAAGUUGAAUUGUAAUUAUAAUUAUAAUUAUAAUUAUAACAGUGAGAACAAUUUUCAUUGUGAUGAUGAUGAUAUUUAUUAUAAUAAUUGCAACUAUUUAAAUAUCGAAUUUAUAAAAGAAGAACUUCUAUUAUGCAAUAUGAAUGAAGAUGUUGUGAAUUUAUUAAUUAGAGAUAUAAAAAGUAAUUGUAUUAAAGAUAAAUAUAUUUUAAAAAACUAUUUUGAAGAAUAUAUAGACAAAAUAUACAGCAAAUGGGAAAAAUUAUCAAAUAAGAUUUUUAUAAAGAAUAAGAAGAAUAUGAAUAUAAAUGAUAUAUGUGAAUAUAUUGAUAGUUUAUAUAUAGAUGAUGAAAAUUAUAUAAAUAAAGAAGAGUUUUUUUUAUUUUUUGAAGAUAUAGGUACAAUAUUUGUUGAUUCUAAUAUAUUUGAUGAGUUGUGUUUAUUGUUUUAUGAUAAGAAAAAAGAAUUAAUACAUUUUUCUUUAUUUUCAUCUUUAAUAAUUAAAAAAGGUGUUGAAGAAUUAAAAAAUAUGAUAUAUGGAUAUGAUAUCUUGUUAAAAUUAUUUGAUUUCUUAUAUAUGAAAAAUAUAAGUAUAGAAUAUUUAGAAAAUGAAUUAUUUAAAAUUUCUUUAGAUAAAAAAAAUUUCUAUUCAGAAAAAAUAAAAAAGAAUAUAUCAAGAAAUAUAUUAAUAGAUUCAAAUAUAAAUUAUAAUAAAAAUAAUAAACCAAAUGAGAAUUUAAAUAUGUUUUUAAAUGAACAAGAUAAUAUCUGUUCAUGUACCUCUUUACACUUUUUACAUUCUAUAAGUUUUAUUCUAAAAAAAUUUGAUAAUAAUAAUUUUUCAACAUAUGAUUUAUUUUUCUUAGUAAAAUAUAUUAUUCAAAAUCAAAACAACUAUGUAUUAUCAGACACAUAUGUAUUUAUUAAUGUCAUUAAAGGUAUUGAAACGAUAAAUAUAACAUAUUUUUUAUGUUUAUAUUAUAUAUAUAUAAAUCAAAGUAAAAAUAAUAUACAAUUAAAAGAAGACCAAGAAAAUGAUAUUCCACAAAAAAUAUUUGAUGAUAAUUUAAAUGAUGAUAUACAAAUAGAAAGAAAUGAAACAAUUCAAAAAGACGAUCAUUGUUUAUAUGAAGAAGAUAGUAUGUGUAUCUCUCAAUCUGAAAAUAAAAGUGAAUAUUUAUCAUCCUAUGGAUCUGUUUAUAAGGAAAAUAUAAAAUGUAUCAACAAAAAUGCAAAUGCAAAUGCAAAAGAAAAUAUUGAUGGAAAUAAAAAUGUUAUAAAGAUAUAUCAUGAUGAAAAGAAAUAUAUAGAAAAUAUAAACAGUAUAAAUAAUAUGAUGAAUAAUGAUGAUAAAAAUGAUUUGUGUAAAGAAAAUAAAGUGGAUGUCACAAAUUAUGUUACAAAUGAAUGUGUAAAUGAUAAAAUAUUAACUGUUCAUAAUGAAAAUAAUUUAGAUCAAGAAAUAAAGAAUGUAGAAGAUGAUUUAAUAAAUGAGAAAGAAUUAUAUAAAGAUCAUCUGAUGGGUGUUAUUAAUAAUGAUGAUGAUAAAUUUGAUGAUUUAAAAAAAGAAGAGAAUAAUAUUUUAUAUUCAUCAAAUAUAUCAGAUAAUGAAAAAAGAAAUAGACCUAACAAAAAUUACAGAAUAAAAAAGAAUAUAAUAUUAUCUAAUAAUAAUAUAAAGAAAGAAGAAAAUAUAUUUUAUUCCAAAUUAUAUAAAAGGAAGGAUAUACAAAGAAGUGUUAAAAAUUCACUUAUUAUUAUUUAUCAUCGAAUUGUUAGUGGGAUGAUAACUAUGGAAUAUAUAAGUGAAUGCUUAUAUGCUUUUUGUAAUAAUAUUUUAAAAAAUAAAAAAGAAAAAUAUAGCAACAAUAAUAAUAAUAAAAAGAACUAUUUUAUAGAUAAAGUAGAAAUUUUAAAGCUAUUAGAAUCAAUAGGAAUAUAUACAUCGUAUGAUAUAUCGUUAUGCAUAUUUAAGUGGUAUAUAUAUCAAUUAUAUAGAUAUCAAGAAGAAGAAAAAAUUUCAAAAAAAAAAAAAAAAAAAAUUAAUUCAGAUAAGAAUGAUAUAGAAAAAAAUAAAGUACAUCAAAAUGAUGUAGAUCAAAAAGAUGUAGACAGUUUUUCAGAUUUUAUAUUAAAUAAUUCUAUUUCAGAAGAAAAUAUUAUAGAGAAUUAUAAUAUAAAAGAUCAUUUAAAAAUAAUAAAAAUUUUAUUUGAAAAAUAUUCAUUAAAUGAAUAUAUUAGUGGGAAUAUAUUUUCUGGUAGUACGUUAGAAUAUUUUUUUUUAUUAUUAAAAGAAAGGAAUAUAAAUAUUAGAAUUUUUUCAGAAAAAAAUAUAUUUACGUGUAAUGAUUUUUUUAAACAAAUAGAAGAAUUAAAUUUAGAAUUUCCAAAAUCUUAUAUAAGACUUUUAUUUAGUAAUUUGUUAGUAUAUGAUUUAACAUCAUUUAAUAGUUUAAAUAAUAAAUUAAUUUUUUAUGAUAAUAUUGAAUCGUACUGGAUGAAAUGGAAUAAAAUAAAUUUUGAAUAUUUUAUAUAUGAAAAUAUAGAUAUAGAAGAUAAAAAGAUAUUGAAUAAUAUAAAUAAUAUGAAUAAUAUAAAUAAUAUAAACAAUACAUAUAAUAAUAAUAAUAAUAAUAAUAAUAAUGUAUCUAUUGAUAAGAAUGAUAUGUGUUAUUUAUUUAAGCAUGUUCAAGAAAAAAGAAAUGUACUAAAUAAUGAUAAUGAAAAUAAAGUGAUUUCCAUAAAUAAUAAUUGUUGUUAUUAUGAUAUAAAUAGAUAUGUUCAAGAAAAAGAUAAUUUGUCUUUAGAUAAUAAAAGAUUUAUUGAUAUUCAAAAUAAACAAGAGAAUAAAAAAAAAAGUGAUUAUUCCUAUUUGUAUUCUUUACCAUUAUAUAGUUUAUUUUUUUAUUUUUCAAAACAAAAAAUAUUAAGUGGAGAGAAGUUAUUAAAAUAUUUUUUUAUAAAUAUUUUUAAAUAUGAAUUAAAUAAAAUAAAUAUUAAUAAUUAUAUGAAUAAUUAUUAUACACUAUAUGAUUUUAUACAUGUAUGUAAAGAUCUUAUUUUAUAUAAUGACAAUAUAGAUGAUAUAAUAUAUAGAGAAGAUUUUUUUAAAUUAAUAAUAUUAAUAAAUAAAAAAUAUAAAAAAAAAUCUCAGGAAUAUAUUAUAUCAAAAGAAAAUGUGCUUGACAAUUAUUUGAAGAGUAAAAGUCAUUAUUUUUCUCAUAUGUUUAAAAAAAAUUGGGUAUUUAUAAAAAGAGAUAUAAUAAGUUUAGAACUUAAUCUAACACAUCAAAAUAAUUAUAAUAACAAUUUGAUUGAUGCAUACAAAUGUAAAUCAAUUAAUUAUUAUAAUCAAAAAAAAGAUAUACAUCAAUAUAAAAAUGACUGCCUUUAUUAUAAUAUACCAACAUAUUUAGACUUUAUUAAUAGCAAUAUAGACAAUUCUAUAGAAGACAGAAAAAUUAUUUUUAAUAAAAAAGGAGAUAUAGAAAAUGAAGAUGAAUUAAUUAUAAAUUUUUUUAAAAGAAAUAAAAAAGUUAUAAAAUAUAUUCGAGAAUAUUUUUAUAUAUUUGUUUUUUUACAAAAAAUUAUACAUAAUAAAGAGAAUUCUUAUGAUUUAUCUUUUAAUGAAAAAGAAAUUGUAUAUUAUCAAAAGAAGUUGAAAGAAUAUUAUUUAAAAAAUAAUGAUGUCAAUAAUUAUAAUAGACAGAGUCAAAAUAAAAUAGAUAAUUAUAAAUUCUAUGACAAAUGUGGAUAUGCUAUACCCUGUGCCCCCAAAAAAAUGAAAAGAGAAAGGAAUGAUUACUGUUCUUUUAUUUUUUUUUUAUAUAAUGAAAUAAAUAUUUGUAAUGAAGAGAAAAGAUUUGGAUGUAAAGAAUAUGCUUAUAUGAUAUAUCCAUAUUUAUUACUUUUAUGUGAUUUUAUAAAAAGAAUGAUAUAUAUAUAUAAAGAAAAUUAUGUUGAUAUUAUAAAAGAUUUAUUUGUUAUAGAUAUAAAAGAAAAAAAGAAAAAAAAAGAUGUAAAAAAAAAUAAAAUAGAACGUUCUAUAUUUUUAUAUAAAUUAGAAAAUAUCUUAUCAAGAUCUGGUAGUUUCGAUUAUAAGGAGUGGAAUAAAUUAUAUUUAAUAUGUGAGCAUUUAGAUAUAAGAAUUGAUACUUUGAUAAUACGAUUAAUUAAUAUAUUAGAAAAACAUAAUUACAUAAAAACAUGUAAUGUAAUGAAUGGCUGUGUCUUAUUUUAUGAUUUCUAUAAUGAAUAUGAUAAUAAGAAUAGAUAUAAUAAUAAUAAUAAUAAUUAUUAUUAUUAUUAUAUAGAAAGACAUGGAUUAUUAUUUGAUCUUCUAUAUAAUAAAAAAGAUAGAUGUAGUAGUAAUAUAGAAGAAAAAAGAAAAAAUAAUAUAAUGAAUAAGAUGAUUGAUAAUCAGUAUAAUAUAGUAGAAUAUAAAAAGAGAACACAUAAAAUGUUUUUUUUAAAUGAGAAAGAAGAAAAUGAUAUAUAUAUAAAACAUAUGAAAUAUCUAAUAAGUUCUAAUAAAUUAAUAUUAAAUGAUUUAUAUAUAUAUAAGAAAAAGAAUAAAAAAACAAAAAAUGAAAAGAUGUUUAAUAAUAUAAAUAUAAAUAUAAACAAUUUAGAUGUGUAUAUAUAUAAAUAUAUAAUACAUGAUACAUUAUAUAUAAAUUAUUUAGUAAAUUUAUAUAUCCGAAUAUUAUUUAAUGAAUGUUUAUUAACAGGAAUGAAUAUUAAUACAAUAUUUUAUGAUAUAAAAAAUAAAAAUACAUUUAUAAAUAUAUUAUUAAGAUAUUUUAGUCAUAUAUUUUGUGAAUAUGAUAUAAAUAUUUUGUCAAAAAAAUAUUCCUAUCAAAUUAAUAUGACAUCAAUACAUUUAAGUGGAUAUAAUAAUAUGUUAUCUUUAAAAACAUUUUUUAAUGAUAUAUAUAAACAGGGAUUAUAUUAUAAUACAUAUUUAAGAAAGAUUUUAUUUUCUUUCUUUUUUAAUAAUUCAAAUAUAUUUUAUAUCUAUAUGAAAGAUGAACAAGAAAAAAAUGGUGAUGACAAUUUAUUAUUAUCAUGUGAUAAAUUAAAACAAAUUUUAAGUAACAGUGGAAUAUUUUUAUCAUGGGCAGAGAUAUAUGAUUUUUUUCAACCCCUCAAUAAAUAUUGUGUCAUCUAUUAUAAUAAAAAUUAUGAUAAAGGUCAUGAAAAAAAUGAGACUCCCUAUAUAUUAAAGGCAUAUAUAAAUGUGUCUAAUUUGAUAGGUAUCUCAAAGAGGAUGUUAAAAGAAAACUUUAAUCAUAUUAAAAAUCUUGACAGUAAUAUAAAUAUAGAGAACCAUAAUAAUCAUAUAUAUGUCAAAACAUAUGAUGAACAAGAAGAAAAUGAGAACAUAUAUCAUAAUGAUUAUAUAAAUAAAAAUAUUUCAGAUCAUAUAUAUAAUAAGAAAAUGUUACAACAAGAUAGUAUAGGAACAAACGAAUCAAAUAUAAUUGGUUCUUAUAAUAUGGAUGUUGAAAAAAAUACACAAGAAAUAGUUUUAUCUUUUCAAAAUAAUAAAAUGUGUGUUUUAAAAAGAGGUCAUUCAAAUGAAGAGAAUAAUGAACUAAAGAAGGAAGAUGAAUAUGUUGAUAAAAGAAAAUAUAGAAAUGGAUAUACAUGGUGUGAUAAAAUUAAUAGGGAUUUAAAAGGUCAGUAUGUAAAUGAAGAUGCAUAUAAUAGUAAUAUUUAUAAUAAUAUAUUAUUUAAAGAAAAAGAGUAUGAGAAUUCUUUAUUAUCAGAAAAAAUGGGUGAUAAAAAUAAAGAAGAAAUAAAAAAUAUGUCUGCUAACAAAAAAGAUAAGAUAAAGAAAGGAUGUUAUUUAAAAGGCAAAACAGAGAAUGAUGAAAAGGAUAAUAAAUUAAUAAAUAAUAAAAAUAUUGAAAGAAUAAAUCAUUAUAUGAGUCCAUGUAUAUAUUCUAAUAUGAAAUAUAAUUUUUUGGAAGCAUCGAAUAAUAUAUAUUAUAAUUUAAGUUUCAAACAAUUAACAUUAGGAAGAGUUUUAUACCUAUUAUUUUUAAAAAUGAAUAAUAUAAUGAUAAAAAAGAAAUUAAGUUUUGAGCAAAUAUAUUUUGGUAUUAAGAAUAUAAAUUAUGAUGAUAUUAAAAAAAAAGAAAUGGAAAGAGCAUGUACUUUAUUUCUAAAUAUGAAAACUGAUCAAUUGAAAAAUAUUAUUCCUGAUAAUUUUAUAUUAUAUAAAAAAGAUAUAAAGAAUGGUAUCUUUUUUAAUAUAUUUAUUUUGAAAGAUACAUAUGAAGAAAUAUUUUUACAACAACAAAAGGUAGACACAAAGGUUUCUAUAUAUAACUUUAUAACAUAUUAUGAAAAAAAAAAAAAUGAUAUCACAUUUUCUAAUUAUUCAUUUGUUUAUAAUUUUAGUUAUGAAUGGGUUAAUUGCAUGAAACUUAAGAGUGAAUAUAUAACUAAAGAGGAUUGUAUGAAAUUAAUUUGUUCUUUUAAUAUGGAUAAUAAGACAUGGGAUGAAAAUAAAAUGGUUAACAAUGUAAUAAUAAAUGAUAAUAAUUCAAAGCGUGGUGAUAAAAUAAAAGAUCAAAAUAAUAAUAAUAAUAAUAAUAAAAAUAAAACGAAUGAGCUAUAUAACCAUGUAGAUGAGAGAAAUGAAAAAAAGAAUUUAUCAUUGCCUACAGUAUUAAAAGAAGAAAUGCUGAAAAUAUUUGAAAAAAAUAUUAAAGGCAAAUGGAAAAAAAUCUUAUUAUCCAUUUUUGAUAUGAAAAAUUUUUAUGUUCAUAAUUUACGGAUAUUGUUUAAAGAAUUUACUGGAAUAAAUACAUAUAUAAGAAAAAUGAAAGAAAGGAAAUCUAAAAAUAAUUAUAAAAUAUGUGAUGAUAAUAAAAAAGAAGAUGAUUCAAAUAUACAACAUAGUAAAUUUUCUUUAAAUUAUUAUUGUUGUCUUGGAACUGAAGAAAUAUUUUUAACUAAUAUAUUUUUUGAUAAGAAUCAAUGUAAUAAUAUAUCUUGUUGUGAUGAUAACAUAAUAUCUUAUAUAGAUACCGAGAAUAAAAGAAAUAUAUAUAAAGAAGACACUUUAUAUAUAAAUCAUCUAUUUGAUCAUAAAUUUUCUACCAUAAAAGAAAAAGAUAUUAUUACUUUAUUUAAAAAUAAUAAAGAUAUAAUAAAAAUAAAAUUAUAUUAUAAUGAAAAUGUUAUAGCAGAAGCAAGCUUACAUAUUUUAGAAUUCUUUUCUAUAUUAAAAAACAAGGACAAAAUAAAAGAUCAUAAAACCUUAUGCUUUGUUAUUGAGUCAGAGGAUACACAUAAGGAUAUUUUAUUUUUAGAUAUAGAUAUUUAUUAUGAAAGAAAAAAAAUAUAUGCUGAUAUUCCUAUAUUCCACACUACCAAUAAGAAAAUACAAGAGCAAAAGUUUAAUGUGGAAAAUGUGAUUGAAGAUAUAGAGGAUAUAAAUAAUAAGGAUAAAAUAGAUGUAAGAAUUGAAAAUGAAACAAUUAGUGGUGAUAUACAAAAAAAUGUGAACACUGUAUAUUGUGUCGAUAAAGAUAAUAAAUUAAAUGAUGUGAAUGAUCUUAUGAAGGUUACAAAUGUAGAAACAAAUGAAAAUAAAAUAAACAUUACAUCGGUUUUAGACGACCAAGAAAAGAAUUAUAAUAAGGAUGAUGUUCUAGGUAAUAGUGCUGAAUAUAUAUUAUUUAGAAAAAAAAAAAUUGGAAAUAAUUAUUAUUUAGAAUAUAAUAAAAAUGAUGAAUUACCAUUAUCUAAGAAAGAAAUUAUAAAAACAGAAGAUACACAGAAUAAUACACAUUUUGAGAAUAAUAAACCAUUUUUGAGUUUUACACAUUUAACUAUAGAUCAUAUAAUUAUUCCGAUAUGUUUAAUAAAUGAAAUUAAUAAAAAAGUUAUAGAAAGACAUGAAGGGAUGAAAUUAAAUGAAGACCUAUUUGUUGCUCUAUAUAUUGAAGUGUACGAAAAGGUGAGUACAUGCAAUGAAGAAAAAAAUAAACAACAUGAACAAGAAGAUAAAAGAGAUAUGUACAGGUUAUUAUCUAGUUCUGUUCCGAAAAUAGUGAAUUGUAAAAAAAAUGAAAAUAUGAAUAUUACGAGUGAAAUAUGUGGUGAUAUCAGCAUGUGUUUUUCUCAAAAAAAUGGAUAUGAUAAUAAAGAUAAUACUUUAUGUCAUAAUUUAAAUCAUAAUGUAUAUAAAAAUGUAUAUAAUAAUUUAUAUCAUAAUGUAUGUAAUAAUACAUGUAAUAAUAAUCAUCAUGGUGAGGGGGACAAGUUGAAUAAUCCACAAGAAUGUGCAACAAAAAAUAUGAAGCUUAAUAAAACAAUGAGCAACUUGAAAAAGAAAGAAAAACAUAUUAAAAUAUUUGAGAAACAUUUAAAUAUACAUAACAUAAAAUUAAAACAUCAUGAAAUUAUUAAAAGUAAUAACUUAUUUAUAGAAGGCAAAAUAAUUAUAAGGGCUAUUAUAUCUUUAAAUCAUAUUUCAGAAGAUAUAAUUAUUGGAGAGCAUUUUUUUAAAAUAAAAAAUAUGUUAUAUGAAAAUAAAAAUAUGACAUAUUAUUCAGAGAAUUUGUUUCAUUCUAUAAAUAAUAAAACGGAAACAUUAUCUAAUGAAGAAAAAAUAAAUGAAAAAGGUGACGUAUCUGAUGGAGAAGAUAAAAAAAAUGAUGAUAAGAACCAACAGUGUGAUUAUCUUAUCGAAUGUGAAAAUAAUAAUAAAACAACAUGUUCAAGCAUCCCACUGGAUAAUAAUAAAAAAACUUUUUCUUCUGAAGAUAAUAUGGAAAAUAAUAUUUUUGUGAAUAAUAUUAUUGGAUAUAUAUCGUAUCAAUAUGAAAUAAAAGAAUAUAAAAAUAAAGACUAUGAAAAGAUUAAUAAGUUUACACUUCCUAAUUUUAUUCCUAUAUAUUUUAUAAAAUGUGAUGAUAAUGAAGAUAAUAAUAAUGCUAGAGAGAUAAUAAAAGAAAGAGAUGAUGAAUUAUUAUAUAAUACAUUAUAUGAAAAAUUAUUUAGUGAUAUAUUAAGAAAAUUAAAUUAUAAAAAAUAUGUUAAUGUAGACAUGUUUAUAAAUACAUUAAAACAGAGUUCAUAUAAAAAGCAUAUAAAUUAUUUUAAAAGAUUUUUUUUUUAUUUUAUAAAAUUGAACAAUAAAUUAUUUUUCCCCUUAAAAAGUGUAUUAAAGAUAUUGGCCAUACGGAAAUUAUCGUUUCACUUUUUAAGUUGGAUUAAUUAUUUUUUUCAUGAAAUUCAAAAAUAUUUUUCAUGUUUUAAUUUUCUUGGUAUAUUUGAAUGGCCCUACUUAUUAAAGUGUGUUUUAAAAUCUCAGGAUGAGUACCUAAAAGAGGAAAAAAGAAGAAAAAAAAAUAGAGAAAUUAGUAAGGUGUGUAUAUAUAAGGAUAACACAUGUGAUAAUAAAAAUAAUGAUGAUAACAACAGCAAUAAUAAUAAUAUUAAUAAUAAUAAUAAUAGUAGUAAUGUUGGAGAUGUAGAAAGCCAUAAAUUUAUUCAAACAAAAGACGAAAAAAAAACAAAUUCUGUGGAAUCAAACAUAUCUAGCUAUUUAGACUUUACAAAGUGUAGUAAUACAUCUGUUAAACAUUCAAGCAUUAAAAAUUGUAAUAAUGAAAAAAAUAAUGUAGAUAAAAAAACAAAAAAGAAAAAAAAAAUGUUAAAUGAAAAAGAUUGGUGGUUAUUAAAUAAUUGGAAUUAUUGGCAUUUAAGUUGUGAUAAGAAAAAUUAUUUCUUCUUAUAUUUAUUUGUGAAUGAUAUACUUAAUUUUUAUGAAGAAGAAAAAAACUUUUUUAAAAAUAGGAAGAAAUAUAAAAGGAUAGAUAAUGAAGGUGUUGAUAAUAAUAAUAAUGAUAUGUCUUCAUAUAUUCAUAUUAAUAAUAAUAAUAAUAAUAAUAUAGAAAAUGAUAAACAGAAAUUUAUAUUAUUAUAUAAUAAGAAAGAAAAUUGCACAAAUGUAGAUAAUAAUUUUUCAAGACAACAAAAAUGUAAUUCAUUAAAUUUAAAAAAUACAAAAAAAAGUAAACAUGUAAAUAAUAUCAAGAGUGAAGAAAUAAUAUAUUCUAUCCUUUCUGAUGUAGAAGAAAAGAAGAAUGAGGACUCAUCAAAUGAAAAAAAAAGAAAAAAGAAAAAAAAAAAAGUAAUAAACAAUAAUAAUAAUAAUAAUAAUAAUAAUAAAACGUCUAUUUAUCAAUACAAUAUUAUGAGAGAUUUUGAAAAUGAAAAAAUAUCAUACAAUCAUUUAACAUCAGAUAAUAAUUCACCAUAUAAUCUUGUCAAAAAAAAUAAUAACACAUUUUUCAAUUUACAUUUUCAUGAUAAUUUAAAAAAUAAAAUUAACAAUCUUUUUAAAAAUGAUCAAAAAGAUGAUUUACAGACAUAUAAUAGAUAUUAUAUUUUUGUAAGAGUCAAAAAAUUACUUUAUCCCUUACCUUUUAUAAAUAAUAAAAAACCCAAUAUAUUUUUAACAUACCAAAUUGUAUUGAAUAAUUAUGAUUUUAUUAAUAAACAUGAUAUAUUUCCUUUCUUAUUAAAAAAAAAAAAAAAUUAUAUUAUUAACAAUGUUCAGGCAAAAACCAAAAUUUAUUAUAAUGAUUGCUAUCCAUAUAUUAACAAUUCAGAAAUUUUAAAAUUACCUGAUAUAAAAGAAUUAAAUGAUAUUUUCAAUAAGAAUUGUAUACAAACACAAGAUGGACAAUUGGAUUUUUAUUUACAAAAUUUAUCAUUACAAAUAAAUUUUUAUCACGUUGUUAGUGAUAAAUAUAUAACACCUCAUCUUAAUAAUAAUAAUAAUAAUAUUUAUGAACAAUAUGAAGGAAUCACAUCAAGUGAUAAUAUAUAUGAUAAUACAUCAGAAUUUUCAACGAAUAAUAAUAUAUAUAAUAUGAAAUAUAAAAAUUAUAAAGAUAAGGAAAAAAAUAUGUUAAUAGCUAAAGCAUUCAUUCCUUUUAAUUUACUCUUAAAAAAAAAAAAAGCAAAGGUUAGCGUCCCAUUAUUUUUCUCACCAUUUUUUACAAAAAAUGUUAAUAAAAAUGAAAUUGAAGUAAUACUAAAAUAUCAUAAAAAUAUAAGCGAUUAUUUUAAAUAUAAAUAUAUGAAGCAUACAAAUGAGAAGUAUAAGAAAAGGGAUGGAAAAGAACAUAAACCGGAUGAUAACAACAGGUGUAAUCAUAUAAAUGAUAUAAAUAAUAAAAAUAAUUAUUAUAAUAAUCAUCAUAAUAAUAACUAUAAUAUUAAUUACAAUUGUGAUCAAUAUGAUCAAAAAAUCAAGAACAGUAAUAUACAUAUGAAUCAAAUUAAUAUAUCAAAUAAUAUAAAUACUAUAGACGAAAAAAAUAAAAACGAAUUUAUAGAUUUGUCAAAUAUACCUUUAUUAACAUUACCUAAAAUUCCUCCACCAAUAUCUUAA